AUGGGGCUGACGAGCGGGGCCGGACGGGCCUCAGCAGAGCCAUCUCUGCCCCGGCAUUAUCGCCCACCGCCGGUGCCGGCUCCCCCUCCCCCUCUCUCCCGACCCACCCACCGGGGCCCGCGGCCGCCGCUCCGCGCUCGGGACCGCGGCGGGCCGGGAGCCGCCCCCGCGCGCCGCGCGCGCACACGCGGGACCGGGCGCGCGCGCCGCCAGCGGGCGGGGGGGGCUGGAAUGCGCGUGCGGCGGCGGGGACGGGAGGGGCCCGCGCCUUCCCUUGUGCCGGCGGGCGCCGCGGGGGAGCCGCCGCGGCCCCGCGCCCCGGCAAGUUUCGGAGCCGCCCGGUCCUUUAUGAGCACGGGCAGCCGCCGAGCGCCGCCCGCGGGGACUCGCUCCUGCCCGCGGUCCGCGGCCCGGAGACCCCGCACGCCCGCCCGCCCGCGCGGCCGGCCCCGGCUGCCGCCCCUCGGGGUCCCCGGCGGAGCCUCCGCCUGCCCCGCGGUCUCCCCGCCGCCGCCCCGGGCAGCCCCGCUCCCGCCCGCGCGCCCGCGGCCCCGUCCCCUCGCCGCCGCCUCUGCCCCUGCGAGCGCCCGGCCGCCGCUUCCCUGCCCCCGCCGCUCUCUCCCAACUUCUCGCGGCCGCCCGCACUCACCCGCUGCCCCUGUUCGCUCCGGUGACCAGGGCCGGGCCGGCGGCGGCGCGCGGGCCGCGGGCUGGCUGGGAGGCGACGAGCCGAGCGCUCCCCCCCCGCUGGAAGGAACUUGUGGGUUCCCUCAGGCGGACAUUUUUUUGCUUACAGAGCCUCAGCACCACGUUCACGGCUCCGGCUCCGUAUCCCUCCGCGUCGAGCGCCGCCGCCUUAACCCUUGUCGCGCCGCGCCGCUGCCGACCGGGCGGGCGGGGAUCCGCAGACACCCCGGGAGCCGCCCCGGCACCCGCCUCACCCCCGGACGCCCCAGCAGAUGGGCAGAAGCGGGGCCCCUCGGGCCGCUCAGGGAAAUACGCACCCCGCGGGAACAGACCCCUCCCCACCGCUCCCCAACUCAGCCAAACCGACAGCAGACCUCGACAUGCAGCACUGCCGGUGAUGCUAAAGAUGAACCAGCCCAACGGCUUCCGCGCAGGAAUGGGAAGCAGCGUGCGAAGAACCUGCGCCUUCAUUUGGGUCCUGCAGCCGCUACAGACAAAUCACUCUUUUGUGCUCCUUCUCACAAAACCGCACUGCCAGCCUGUCCUGCUGGGAAGUUUAUUUCGUGUCUGCAAAGCCACCCCACACAGCAGCGCACCGGCCUAAGGCAAGCGCACGCCUCUCCCCGGCACCGAGCGGAGCGGUGCCGGUGCGGUGCCGGUGCUCCGUCGCACUCCCGUCUCUCGAGCCUGCAGAGCCCCCAGGUGGCACCUACUUGCCACCACCUGGGCCUGGGCCUGCUCCUUUCUGACCCCAGCUACCGAGGGCCAGCUACCAUUCUCUCCGAAAGUCAGAAUUAUAAAGCAAUAAUCUAUGCAGCUACGGGCAUACUAUUUUUUUGUAGCAAGGGUAUUUACGAAACACGGGGACAAUGA